AGACUAACGACUAGGGCUCGUGAGCACGCAGACUGACGGCUGAGGUAGAUGAAGGUGCUAGGGUUUACAAGCACAGAAACUGAUCAGAGACAACUGAGGAAGAUGACGGCGCUAGGGUUACAAACACGGCUCUGAUACUAUACCAAAGCUCCUUUGGAAGAGAUGCAUAAGAAGAUCUGGCUUGUGGACUCAAAGGGAUUAAUUGUUAGUUCAUGUAAGAAUUCCCUUCAACACUUCAAGAAACCUUGGGCUCCCGAACAUGAACCCGUUAAGGAUCUUUUAGAUGCUGUCAUGGCUAUCAAGCCGACAGUUCUAAUUGGUUCAUCUGGAGUGGAAAGAACAUUCACAAAAGAGGUGAUCGAGGCCAUGGCCUCCUUCAAUGAGGGACAUGCAAUUUUUGCCAGUGGAAUUCCAUUUGACCCUAUGGAAUACAACGGCAAAGUCUUUGUUCCUGGCCAGGCAAAUAAUGCAUAUAUUUUCCCUGGAUUUAGUUUGGGUUUUGUCAUCUCUGGUGCAAUUCGUGUACAUGAUGAAAUGCUUUUGGCAGCCUGUACAGGUAAUAUGCCACCCCCAAGGACAUAACUUGGAUGAUGAUGAGAGUUGAAGACUCUUCCUUUUGUUUAUUUUGAUGUAUUACAUGUAAAUUCAAGCCAAGGGCUUAAUAUGUACUGAGUUAGUACUCUUCUUUUGUA